GCGGGUCGUUUCCCAAAUGGUGCACAUGAUGACUUCGAGCCACAGGCUUCACCAUCUAUAUCCUCUCCGCAGUCCACGUUUGCUGCUUGUUUCUCGAACAAGUUGGAAGCAAAAGCAGAUUCAAAGACAGCCAAUGAUUUCCAAAAAGAAGUAUAUGCUCUGAAUCCCUGUGACCACAAAAGGACACUAAACAGGCAAUUUUCACAAAGAAAACACAAGCGAGAGUUGUUGUCACAGGAAGCACCUUAUAAGUUUCCUGUAGACAAAGGUGAAAGUUUUUUAAAUGUUGAUCUUAAGGGAAGGGACUCUUCUACUACUCGUUAUUCUGAAGAAAAAUUUGCCAGCUCUUUCUCGAAGAAGACUAAAGCCUCUCAAGCCCAAUCUUCACAUACUAAAAGGCAUGCAAAUGGGGAGGCUGUUGUUCUUGUGGAUGAGGAGGAACCUGGUGCAAAUAAAGCGGCAGAGCGAAUGGACGAAGUUGUUGAAUGCAGAAAUGCAACCAAGAUCUACUAUCCUUCACGGGUUGAUCCUGAAUCAGUUGAAAUUUGUUGUUCGGACAUGGAAUCUCUUGCACCUGAAGCAUAUUUGUCAUCGACGAUAAUGAAUUUCUACAUCCGGUACCUCCAGAAGACAAAAGCUCAUGCAGAUGUAGAUGAGUAUCACUUUUUCAAUACAUAUUUCUACAAGAAGCUCAAAGAGGCUGUACUGAGCAAGCAGAAUGAAAAGGAAGCUUCAUUUUUCAAACUAAGAAGGUGGUGGAAAGGGGUGAAUAUAUUUGAGAAAGCCUAUAUAUUUCUUCCCAUACAUGAAGAUCUUCAUUGGAGCUUGGUUAUAAUUUGCAUACCAGAUAAAGAAGACCAACUGGGGCCAAUUUUGCUUCACUUGGAUUCAUUAGGGCUCCACUGCAGCAAGUCCCUUUUUGGUACCAUAAGAAAAUUUUUGGAACAAGAAUGGAAAUUCUUAAGACAAGGAGAAGUGCUAACUCUUCCUUUUUCAGAUAAAAUAUGGGAAAAUCUUCCACGAAGAAUAGAUGAAAAUGUCAUUCCGGUCCCACAACAAAGAAAUGAGUAUGACUGCGGUCUCUUUGUUCUUUUCUUUAUGGAGCGUUUCAUGGAAGAAGUUCAUGGAAGGCUUAAAAAGAAGGAUUUCGUGAUGUUUGGACGAAGGUGGUUCAAACCUGAAGAAGCAUCUCGUUUGAGGAUGAAAAUCCACAACAUACUCGAGGAAGAAUUCAAGAAUGCAAGUAAGGAUUGAUAUUAUUGGGAUCCCUACUCUGCACAAGUAAUUGCUCCUGUUUAAAGCAUUUUCAGUAACAGAUUUUUGGCAUAGACAAGGAACUGUUAAUUACCAAAGGUCAUGAAAUGCCUGCUUUGUAUAGCUGCAAAGGUUAAUACUGUCGUCGAUUACAUAAUUAGAGAUUCUGGAAUUGCUAUCUGUAUUCUCUGUACAUCGAGGUUUCUCACCAAAAUCUGGGAAGGAGAACUAUAGCCUUCCCUGUGGGGGGGAAGGUACAUUGUGUAAAAAUCAUAUUGAGCAUCCACCAUAAACAAGCAGAGAAUUUAGAACUGAUAUUGAUCUUCAGCUGGGAAGGAAAAAUAAAUUAGACUUCCCUUGGUAAUAGAUACAUUGUACAUAAAUCAUAAUCGAACAGUUAUGGCAGCUAUUUCUGAACUUUGCCGGAGUCAAAUGGUUCAUGCCUUGAAAUACACAGGAUCUUUUGUGGUGUUGGUAUAGGUAAGGAUUGGAAAAAGCAAGGAAUAGCUGGUGGUUUACAAUUCCAGCUUGUAUCUGGUGGGUGGUAUGAAGAGAAAGGAACUAAAGAUGUUUUAAAGAGAAGUAAAACCACUCGAGGAUUUAGUUAGAUUAUCAUGUUAUUUCACUUUUGGUGUAGAAUGUAAUAUGCAAAUUAGGCAGAAACUGUAACAGAUCUCAUAGUCCCUUUAAGAUAAGAAGAGGGCUAUACUUUUGGUUUUUUGCUCAUUUGUACAGAAAUCCAGCACUUUGUGCUGUUUAUUAUACGCUUAUUACCCUUUAAAAAAAAAAAAGAAAUCAUAAUUGAACAUCCACCAUGGGAAAAAAAGCAGAAGAUUUUGGAGAACUGA